AUGAUCGGCCAGAAGACGCUCUACUCCUUCUUCUCCCCGAGCCCCGCGGGGAAGCGACGUGCGCAAAGCUCCGAACCAGCCGACCCGGGGACCGGCGUGGCGGCGGUAGCGAUAGCCGAGGAGAACGGGGAUGUGGCGGCCAGCCCCGCCAAGAAGGCCCGUACGGAGCAGGACGCGCCGGGCACGCCGCCCUCGUCGCCUCUGAGCCCGGAGCAGCUGGUCCGCAUUCAGAAGAACAAGGCGGCCGCCCUGCUCCGACUCGCCGCCCGCAACGUGCCCGUUGACAUCGGCCCGAGCUGGAAGAAGCAGCUGAGCGGAGAGUUCACCAAGCCAUAUUUUAUUAAGCUCAUGGGAUUUGUUGCAGAAGAAAGAAAGCAUUACACUGUGUAUCCACCCCCACACCAAGUCUUCACGUGGACGCAGAUGUGCGAUAUAAAAGACGUGAAGGUUGUUAUCCUGGGACAGGAUCCAUACCAUGGACCGAAUCAAGCUCAUGGGCUCUGCUUUAGUGUUCAGAGACCUGUACCACCGCCACCCAGCUUGGAAAACAUCUAUAGAGAGCUGUCUACAGACCUAGAGGAUUUUGUCCAUCCUGGUCACGGCGAUCUGUCGGGAUGGGCCAAACAAGGUGUUCUCCUCCUCAAUGCUGUCCUCACCGUCCGAGCACAUCAAGCCAAUUCUCACAAGGAAAGAGGCUGGGAGCAGUUUACUGAUGUGGUUGUGUCCUGGCUCAAUCAGAACUUGUCUGGCCUCGUCUUCUUGCUCUGGGGCUCGUAUGCUCAGAAGAAAGGCAGCGCCAUUGACAGGAAGCGGCACCACGUGUUACAGACUGCACACCCUUCCCCUUUGUCGGUGUAUCGUGGGUUCUUUGGAUGCAGGCAUUUCUCUAAAACCAAUGAGCUGCUGCAGAAGUCUGGCAAGAAGCCCAUCAACUGGAAGGAGCUGUGA